CACGGUAAUGGCAGAGAACAACAAUCUUUUAGUAGCAAGAGCUCUUGGUAAGAGAUAAAAAUAGAUUUUAUAGCAUCUAAUAACAAUGAAUUUGAAUUUUAAGAUUGGCAUGUUUAGAAGACUUUUUAAUGGUGGAUUGAAUUGGCACAUUCAGUUCUCUUUGAACCGAGAACAAAUAAUAAUUAUUUCUUUCCAAAAAAUACGUGUAUUAUUAUUCUGUUUCUUCGGGCAUUGAACUUAAAUAUCUAUUACAAAUUCUACUGAUUUUGUUCAAAAUACACACUUUUGAUGAUUUUUAGCCUAUAAGACCUCAGAAUGCAAGGCCAAUUACACACAUUCUUCAAACAAGCUGACUCGUUUGGCUCGUUUGCCCUGUCAUAUCAUACAAGCAAGUCCUCCGCUGCCGAACUGGACAGCUAUCACACACAUUCUCUCCUCGUUAUUUGUAUUCACUGACCUGAGCCCAAUGAGUCACCACUCAAGUUUAUACCCACCAUUCAAACGCUCAUCAUUCAAACAAUUCAUCCCUUGUUCUUGUCACUCGCCGAGAAGCCACCAAAUCUAAGCGCCCAGAAUGGCCCCAUAUCGUGUGUACAUGUAGUUACUCUCUUUUUAACAUUUCUUUCUAGCUUCCUCAGUGAAAACACUCUUAGGACCAAAUAACAGGUAAAUACUUCAUUAAUUCUUACUUAAGGUAUUAAUUGUGUGACUACAUAGCUACUCAAAGCUUAACCUCUUCCAUGUGCUCAGUUAUUGGGAACAGCUCAAAGAACACAGAGCAGAAAAAAUGGGAAACUACUCGUUGGGAAGAAAAAUAAAACAUUCUCCCAUGCCAGUCAAAAUGUUUUACAAUAGUAGGCAGGAUAACCACAGAAGCAGGCAGCAGACCUAAAUUUGUGUGGUUGUUAUUUAAUAUUACUAAACUGGAGUGUUGAUUAGACGGCAAAUCAAGACUGUGCUUUAAGGAAAAUUGAAGGGAGUCCAGUGCUCUGAAACUGUAAAAUCUAGGGUGCCUAGCCUAUGAUUUGUAUGAAAAAACUAAGAUUUCCUAGAGAGCAAAAGUUAGGUGCCAGGGGCCACCGGGCUCUGCUAGAGCACAGCCCUGCAAAUGUUCCAGUGUUCCAGUGGCUGAUGGCUCAUUUUGACUGGGCUGCUCUCCUAGAUCUCUUUCUCUUUCUUUCCUCCCUUUGCUACUCAUUUUGUGCCCAUCUCCACUAUCAGAAUACCUGGUAGAUACCUAAAGCAUGUUGGACAAUAGUGCGUGACAUGAUAUUGCCCUGAGGAGACUCAAAAUGAUGAUGAUGAUGAUGAUGAUGAUGAUGAUGAUGAAGCUAUAAACUGAUCAAAAAAGGAGGUGCUCAGUUAAUUAGAGCCAAGUGGUCAGAGUGCUGGCAAACUGGAGGUCCAAAGUUUAAUAUCCUUCUAGACUGAUACUGGCCGAUGGUUUGUGUCCUGCCAGUUGGGAUUCUUAAACUUGGUGUGUUUCAUUUGAAAUAUUUGUCUCAGUUAUGUGCUCCUAGUGGCUCCUAUGCUGCUUCCUCUUUUCUGUUUAUCUGUCUUGUGUUUCUGUCUUUAAUCUGCCAUUUGUUUUUUUUAAAUUUGCUGAUGAAAUCAAUCAGUAAUCAUAAAGAUUAGAGAAAAAUGAAUUCUCAAGUGUGAGCCUUGAGUCAGAAUCCUAGUGCCUCUUUUUUGUGGGAUUUUAAGAUGCACAACAACUGAUCAGUAAUUAAAUUUUCAGACCCUGUGCCCCCAUGGUCUGCCCAUCCUAAAUCAGGAGCAAUUCCUUUUCUUUCCAGUUCUAAAUACUGUACUGACAGUGAUGGCAAUACUGUUAUCUGUAGCAGUGCAUCCAAGCUUUUGCAGCUUAUUGAUGUCCAGGUUGGAAGUUUAUCUGUUUUUUAAUAUUAGAUUAAUACCUUCAGACAUGCCUUCAUUUCAAAACUUUUUCAAAUUUCUGGUACAUGAUGUAUAUACUGUCUCUAUGGGAGGAGUAUAAUACAAGUAAAUACCAACAUUAUUCAGUGAACUCUCUCAAGCAAACAUAUAACUGAGUAUGUAAAGCAUUACAUAGCUUUCAUUUUUUAAAGUGAAUUCUACAAGUGAGAGUGGUAUAUUUUCUAGGUUUUACCCUUUUUUUUCCCAGUUUUUGAAGAAAGUUUGACUCCUCCACAAAUGUUGGAGCCAUUUUACAAAAACUAAGGUCACUUUAUACCACCCAAAUUAAGUGUGUACCUGUUACCCCUUAGAGAUAUAAUCAGGGGCAAAGAAAGUCAGUUUUACAGCUUGCCAUUUGGGCAAGCUGUAGCUAGUGGGUACUAGCCCACAAGUCAUUUCAACCAGCCCCAAAGCCUUUUUUGAUUAGCAGGAUUGAUUACAAACCUUCUGUAAUUUGAAUUUCCCCCCAAAACACCACUUGCCUGCCGGGCAAGUUAAGAACAAAAAUCACAAGCCCGAUAGCAAAAUCCACUAACCCCGGGCUAUCAGACACAACUUUCUUUGCACGCUGUAUAAUACUAACCAGAGAUCAGAAGCUAACACCAAAAUGGUGACAAAAUUCAAACACACACACACACAUUUUGAAAAAAGUUCAACAAUGGAGAAACUUCAUUUCAUAUUUGAAAAUUUUCUUACAAGACUGCCAAUACUUUUGAUUUUUUAUCUCUUCACUAGAUUUUUAACCUAAUAUAUUAUAAGAAUUUUGGCGGGCAGGGAAAACAUUUUUCUUGACCAGUGAACAUUUCUUAGCUCUAAGCUGGAGUCAUAAUGCCCUCUUGCAGAAAUUCCUUGGAGUCAUGGGUGGAUUUUUUGGCAUAAAAAUGCCAAAAUUGUAAACCCUGCCUUUCUAAGGCAGAGAGUAAUGAAGUUGUCUUUUUUUAAAGUGUUCUCUUUAGUUCAGGAGGCUGUUUAUAAUAUCAAUUUGGUUAUCAUCUUGGUUUUAGCAUCCAGCUGGGUUUGUUAUCAAUGAUGCUUGCCAGGGUCAGUAUAAGAAGUAUGGAAGAAACUGUAAGACUCUUGUCUGUAUGGCUGGCUUCUGGAGUAAGGCUGCACAAGACUUGCAAGAUCAGGUGACGGACUGAAAAUAAACAAUGGCAAAAUAACUAUCUGUUUUAGUGUUUUAAAUGUACAGUUAGGCAUUUACUGUAUCGGUGUUAAUGUGGAAGGGAAAUAAAGCAGUUCUAAGGAGUAAAGGAAAAAACAAAUCAAAACAUAAAAACCCCAAAGAAACAAAAGGAUAACAAUGUAUUUUUAACAUAACAGGAAGAGGAGCUUUAAGAGGAAAUGUGUUUUAAACUUAAGACAAACAUUAGUUACUGAAAUAAGGUUUUGAUAAAGGCUCUACUCUCCCGUCCUCAUUCUAUUAUUGUUUAAAACCAAGAAAGUAACUGAGAAGGAAGGAAUAAAAGAAAAGGAAAUUGGGACUGGGAAGUUAAACCCAUGCACCAUUUCCACUGUGGUUUGUAGGGUGCAAUCAUCAAAGCCUUAUUUUUCUGUUGAUGUUGCGGUUAUUGUAUUUUUGAAUAUUGAUUUUAUUGCAACUUUGUAUGUAAAUUGAUUCUGUAAUAAUAUAUAUUUUUUGCCGCAGCAGGGUGCUAGCAUGUGCUAGCCCACAAGUCAUUUCAACUAGCCCCCAAACCCUUUUUGAUUAGCAGGAUUGAUUACAAUCCUUCUGUAGUUUGAAUUUCCCCAAAAAACAGCACUUGCCCGUCGGGUAAGUUACAAAUGAAAAUCACUGUCUGACAUGAUAGUCAAUUGCAUAUUGAUCGUAAUGUUUCAACUGUGUACUGCAUGUCUUCAUCAGGCAAUAGUGUUGACUUACUGAGUGGAACUAUUUGCACCACUGUGGUUGUUAGUGACUGGUAUAUCAUAAACCUCAUUCAAGGUUGGUUUACUUCAAUUUGAAGCAGUGUUGGUAUUAUUAGAAGAGGAAACUGUUCCCUGUGCGGUUCUAAGUGACUAUCACAAGACAGAAGAUAAUAAUGAAACCCUUCACUAGUCUCAUAAAUUAUAUUACCACUCUGGAAUGAGUGCAAACACUUACUAUUAGAGUAAAUAUAGAAAGUGUAUCAUUUUAAUGUAGUUAAUAUAAGUGACAAUAAAUUGCCUGAAGACAGUGACCAUACCUGCUGGUGCUGUUCUAGCUUUAACUGUAUUAUGAAGAUGUCCAGGACCAUAUAGAUAGUAACACCGUUUUUCAAAUGCUUUCACCAUUUUUUUCACAACUUCAUCAAAAAACACAGUGGAAAGCUUAGAAUGGAGGAUUGAUCGAAACUCAAACUCUAUCUGUAGAGGAAUGAACCAGACAUUUCAUUAGACAGGAUUCCACCCAUACAAAGCUGUGUAUUCACAUCAAAAUGAAUAUGUCAAAUAACAUAGCAAACUUUCUUGAGGAUGCAUGCUUGUACCCCAGUACCUGUGUCACAACAAGUGGUUUACAGACAAGACUUCCAAUAAACAGAACUAGAUUAGGGCUGAGGACCAACUAAAAUAAUAUCAAAGUUUUAUAAACAGAGCGAAAAGUGUUAAAACCUGUAUUAUUCAAAUUCAAUCACGAUCAGUUCAUAAUUGUAAAGGGCAAGACAUAAGAACAAUACCUUUCAUUGAUUUCGUGAUUUUCAUGCUUUGAUCCUAGUUACUAGCAUAGUAACAAUGUUUACCUGAUUUUCUAUUGGUUUUGUAAUGAGAUAUUUCGGCGUCCCCAUGCGGGUAUAAAAGCGCGCGUUAACGUCCUUUUGGUCAGGAAAAGUCAAGUAGGAUUCGCAUUGUGACAUCGUUUUUGUGAUUUUGUCUUAACCUUUGGUACAAGCGGGACCGAUAUGUAAGUGAUUUCUUUUGUUAUAUUGUUUAGUUUCGUUCUUUAGCCAGUGGGCAAAAGUACACAAAUGUUACUGUACAAGUAUACAGAUUUAAGUUUAAUUGAUUUAUAAUUGUUUCAUGAGCGAAAAGCGGAUUUGAACGCCUGUUAGAGCAACGCCCACACUUUUGCUUUAUAGUGCAAGGAUUAAGAUCAGAUUUAUGGAAUUAUUGUCUAAUUUCAGUUAUGUAGCCUUUAAUUAGAUUUUACCGUCUUGUUAUCGACCUAAUCGUUAUAGAAUCGCUUUAUUACCGUUUUCAAGCUUUAGUUUGUUGAUUACGCGUUAUUUGUCUUAGUAUCGCCCUUUUGCCAAAUUGAUAGAGAUUUUUGUAUUGUUAUUUCAGUUUAUGGUCAAUCUUUGGUCUAUAGAUUUUGGGCUUUGGAAUUUGGAAUUAAAUCACCGUUAACCGUCACCUUUGGUUUUCCGUGGUUUUCUUGUUUUUCCGACCCGUAAAAUAGUCCCUAAUCUAACCAGGUGCGACUCACCCCUGGAAGUUUCGUUUCUCGUUUGUUUAUUUGGGUCGUCACCAGCCACAAUCAUGAUGGCCCAUUUGUAAUUAAAACAGUCUUGCUGCAGAAAGAUAUUGUCUGAGGGAUUUCAUUUUGGUAUUGUGCUUACUAUUUCUUACUUAGAGAGUCAGUUGUGUCAUUUAACAUAGCAUAUUGUACGUUUUAAGUCAUGCGGAACCUAAUUGAUGGUUCUUUUGCAUGGUAUUUGUAAACUUUUUUAAAACAAAAAAUAAGGGGAAAUGUUGUAUCAUCAAAAGUACAAAAAAAAAAUCAAUUGAGCAUUUACUUACAUAAAAGUCCAAUGUACAAGUGUUUGGGUUUCCUGGAUAGCCGGGACUAAACUUCCAAAUUGUCUUCAUAUAAUUAAACAUUUCUCCAUCAGUGCACUCAGCCUACAGUGUAAUCAAGAGCAACAAUAUUUGCUGAGCAAGUAACAUCUCCAAGAAAGAAGCCGUGAUAAUAAUAAUUAAUAUCAUGAUUAUUAUUUAAUUAUUAUUAUUUGUUGUGAUAAUAAUAAUUAUUAUCACAACAAAUGGCAUCAACCAUUGGCUAUUAAAUUUUUAAUUUUAUUGAAGUGACCAAUGUUUGUUUCCUAUAUUGAUAAAAGCAGUCUCUCUUUUUUCUUAGUUCAUCCAGCAAAAUGCACAAGACAUGCAAAUGAACAUGCACACGACUGAAGGUGUGAGACGGCUGGGAGAGGCAUGAAGAAGAGCUUAUUUCUUCGUGGGCUGCUUCCCUCGUUUCUCGUGUGGCCGUGCACUCCCAUUACUAAAUCUGAAGAAAAAAAAGGACUGCUCGCAGUCUACUAUAAUGAACACAUUCAUUCUCCCUUGACAGGAAUAUUAUUAAAAAAAGCCUAGGCCACUUUUUUCAAAGGGUAAUUAGCAUCCAGUGUGUUCUAUGAGCACUCUUCUGGACUGUUACUACAGUUAACCCAACAUCAAAAGUUAACCAGUUUUAGUAAAACUCAGCUCUGUUUUGUCUGUUAAAGCUGACUGAUACCUUCACUAAGUUUGGUGGAACAAGCGUAACAGAUGAGCUGUAUUUUUCCACCACAGGUGGGAAACCAACUGCUAACUUUGCUUUUAGAUGACCUGGCUUUCUGAUCAAAAUAACUGAGUCCCUGCACCAUGGAACAAAGUGCUUAUAAUCUUCAACAUCAGAAACAACUGCAUACAUGUCCUCCAUUGAAUAACUGAAAAUUACAAUAUAAAAUACAUCGGAAAAAUGAAAAGCUGGGGUAUAAACUGAUCUUAGGGUUGAAAUGAUUUCAAACUAGCUUAGGGUACCUUAAUUUUCAUCAGCCAUUAAAGGAAAAAAAAAUCAUGGAGCUGCGACUUUUGCUUUUGCUGGUUCUAAAAUCUGGGGAAAAAUUUCCUCUAAAUUAAAAAAACUCCCUUAUAAUAGCUUCUACAAGCAAUACAAACUGUACCUUUUAACUACCCAAUGAGUAAUUUGAUUUCUCUGCCCUCACUAUCAAUUCUAAUUUCCAUUGUUUUUUAAUAAAGUUGUAAGUAUAACUUUAUGCACUUUUAAUUUUCCCAUCUCUAUUAUGUGUUAAAUGACUACACCAGUGAGUUGGACGUGGCAGCGACCAAUCUCGAAAGCCUAAGCUCCUUUGGUCACAGCGCACAUUUCACCUUUGAUGAUUUAUGGAAAUUUUCAAGUUGUUUUAUUUUACUUUUGUAAUGUAUUAUAUUUUUGUGGUAGUAAACUCUUGAAAUAGUGCAAUAAAUAAAAAAUCUGAAUCCGAUCUGGAUCAUGAUCAGUAAUCCACGAGCAGCACUCAGAUUACAGCACAUUGUCGAAAAAAAAGUUCAUCAGUAAUUCGAAUGAAAUACUCGAUUUUUUCUUCAAACUUUGCUCUAAGUCAUGAAAUUUAAUACCAAAUGUCUUUGCCAGAGCAGAUGAAAACCCUUUUUGGUUUCCAGAUUGAAUUAGAAUUAUACUGGUUCUUGAGAAGAGGGAAAAACUGUAUCACCCAGAGAAAAACCUCUUGGAGCAGAGCAGAUGACCAACAAAAAAAUCAAACCACAUAUGGCAUGAGGGAUGGGAAAUGAAGGCACAAAGAGAGAAAGCUGAGUGCUCCCAACAGUGCCCUAUCCCAUUUGAGUCUUUCUUGGAAUCAUGAAAGGUAAACUAAGGUAACUGGUUGUUGUACCUAUGUGUCGUUGUGCUAAUGCCCCAUUUGCUAAUAGGGCGAGUCAUUUCUCUUAAGAAAUGAAAUGAGGGCUACAAAAUAAUGUUUGUAGGUCGUUCCUUCAGCCAUGACAAAAAGAAGUCUAAUACACGUCAUAGUCAGGGAAGGACCUAACAUCUUAACGAACAUUCAAGACGUUAGGGAACAGGGUGCUGGUAGCCUGUGUAGCUGGCGGAAUUGUUCGUCCAGUAAGAUUUUGGUGAUGAACCUGUUAUUCCAAGAAGUGAUCACCAAAUGAGCAAGAAAUUCCUUCAAAGUGUCUCUUCCCCAUUCUUUGCACAGAUUCACAACUCCUCUGCUCCAACAUGGGCCAAUGUGAUGAUCCUGCCAGGUACGCAGGCUUGGGCACCAGUGAAAUGACUUGUAGGUGAAACAACCAUGAAUCAUUACAAAAUUGCAUUAUCAGUACAUGCAGUAGUUAAGUGUAACUGCUGUAAAAUAGGAAGUAUUGUAACCUGAUGUAAGUCAUUUUUAAAAGUAGCUUAUCAUAUGGGAAAUCAAAGAUGUAAACAAAACAAUAGGGUCAUACACUUAUAUCCUCUCAAUGUCUGACAGCCUACAUUAGCAGAUUAGUCACCAUAUUGUAAUGCCGUGACUGCUUAUGACUCAACAGAAACAAUCACAACAAACUACUGAAGGUCCAAAGCUCACCCGAGUGUCCGCCUUUCUGAAUACUUUUUUCUUCGCGAGUUCGAAGCACUGAGGGGAUUCGGAAUGAAAGAUCCUAAUAAAGUUCUCUUUGGUAUCACGCAUAUGCUUUGACUUUUAGAUUCCAGAGUGCUUUGGUUCUUUUUCUUUGAAACAGCGUCGAAGCCGGGUGAAAGCCGACAGCAACAUAAUCCUAAGCACCUGGGGAAAAAGUUUUUGGAAUCAUUUAUAGCGUGUAAACAAAACAAAAAAAAUCAAAAUCAAAAUAGAUAUUAGUCUCAUAAUUUACAGAAAACAUUCAAAUACCUUUUAGCUUGCCAGAUUGCAAAAGACUGUCGUAAAAGCGGUAACGUUUUCGCUUGUACUCUCACGGUGGCCAUUUUGAACAAAUAAUUGACCGAUCGAUAAUAUUUCGUCAUUUGAGUUAAUUACAUCUGGCCAGGCUACCAAGCCAAAACAUGGCGGACAGAGAAACACUUUUUUGAAGUACUGCAAUGGCACAGAACAACAAUCUUUUAGUAGCAAGAGCUCUUGGUAAGAGAAAAAAUUCGAUUUCAUAGCAUCUAACAAUAAUGGAUUUGAAUUUUAAGACUGGCCUGUCUAGAAGACUUUUUAAUGGUGGAUUGAAUUGGCAGAUUCAGUUCUCUUUGAACCGAGAACAAAUAAUAAUUAUUUAUUUCCAAAAAGUACGUGUAUUAUUAUAAUUCUUGUUUUUCUUCAGGCAUUGGACUUAAAUAUCUAUUAUAAGUUCUACUGAUUUUGUUCAAAAUACACACUUUCGAUGAUUUUUAGCCUAUAAAACCUCAGAAUGCAAGGCCAAUUACACACAUUCUUCAAACAAGCUGGCUCGUUUGGCUUGUUUGCCCUGUCAUAUCAUACAAGCAAGUCCUCCGCUGCCGAACUGGACAAGCUAUCACAUACAUUCUCUCCUCGUUAUUUGUAUUCACUGACCUGAGCCCAAUGAGUCACCACUCAAGUUUAUAUCCACCAACGCUCAUCAUUCAAACAAUUCAUCCCUUGUUCUUGUCACUCGCCGAGAAGCCACCAAAUCUAAGCGCCCAGAAUGGCCCCAUAUCGUGUGUAGUUACUCUCUUUUUAACAUUUCUUUCUAGCUUCCUCAGUGAAAACACUCUUAGGACCAAAUAACAGGUAAAUACUUCAUUAAUUCUUACUGAAAGGUAUUAAUAAUUAUUGUGUGACUACAUAGCUAGUCAAAGCUUAACCUCUUCCAUGUGCUCAGUUAUUGGGAAACUACUCGUUGGGAAGAAAAAUAAAACAUUCUCCAACGCCAGUCAAAAUGUUUUACAGUAGUAGGCAGGAUAACCACAGAAGCAGGCAGCAAACCUACAUUUGUGUGGUUGUUAUUUAAUAUUACUAAACUGGGGUGUUGAUUAGACGGCAAUGAAAUAUUCCAGUGAAAACAUCAAAAUUACCAGCUGAUGGCUCAUUUUGACUGGGCUGCUCUCCUAGAUCUCUUUCUCUUUCUUUCCUCCCUGUGCUACUCAUUUUGUGCCCGUCUCCACUAUCAGAAUACCUUAUAGAUACCUGAAACCUGUUGGACAAUAGUGUGUGACAUGAUAUUGCCCGAGGAGACUCAAAAUGUUGAUGAUGAUGAUGAUGAUGAAGCUAUAAACUGAUUAAAAAAGGAGGUGCUCAGGUAAUUAGAGCCAAGUGGUCAGAGUGCUGGCAAUCUGGAGGUCCAAAGUUUAAUAUCCAUCCAGACCGAUACUGGCCAAUGGUUUGUGUCCUGCCAGUUGGGAUUCUUAAACUUGGUGUGUUUCAUUUGAAAUAUUUGUCUCAGUUAUGUGCUCCUAGUGGCUUCUAUGCUGCUUCCUCUUUUCUGUUUAUCUGUCUUGUGUUUCUGUCUUUAAUCUGCCAUUUUUUUUUAAAUUUGCUGAUGAAAUAAAUCAGUGAUCAUGAAGAUUAGAAAAAAAUGAAUUCUAAAGUGUGAGCCUUGAGUCAGAAUCCUAGUGCCUCUUUUUUGUGGGAUUUUAAGAUGCACAACAACUGAUCAGUGAUUAAAUUUUCAAACCUGUGUCCCCAUGGUCUGCCUGUCCUAAAUCAGAGGCAAUUCCUUUUCUUUCCAGUUCUAAAUGUUGUACUGAUGGUGAUGACAAUGCUGUUAUUUGCAGCAGCGCAUCCAAGCUUUUGCAGCUUUUUGACAUCCAGGUUGGAACUUCAAUAUCUGUUUUUUUUAAUAUUAGAUUAAUACCUUCAGACAUGCCUUCAUUUCAAAACUUUUUCAAAUUUCUGCUGCAUGAUGUAUAUACUGUCUUUAUGGGAGGAGUAUAAUACAAGUAAAUACCAACAUUAUUCAAUGAACUCUCUCAAGCAAACAUAUAACUGAGUAUGUAAAGCAUUAGAGAGUGAAUUUCUUUCAAUUCUCUACAAGUCAAUUCUACACGUGAGACUGGUAUAUUUUCUAGGUUUUACCCUUUUUUCCUUUUUGAACAAAGUUUGACUCCUCUACAAAUGUUGGAGUCAUUUUACAAAAACUAAGGUCACUUCAGACCACCCAACUUACGUUUGUAACUCUUACCCCUUAGAGAUAUAAAUGCUAACCAGAGAUCAGGAGCUAACACCAAAAUGGUGACAAUAGAACACAAACACACACACAUACAUACACAUUGAAAAAAAGUUCAACAGUGGAGAAACUUCAUUUCACAUUUAGAAAUUUUCUUACAAGACUGCUAUUAUUUUUUAUUUUUUACCCCUUCACUAGAUUUUUAACCUAAUAUUAAGAAUUUGGCAGGCAGGAAAAACAUUUUUCUUGACCACUGAACAUUUCUUAGCUCUAUGCGGUAGUCAUAAUGACCUCUUGCAGAAAUUCCUUGGAGUCACUAGUAGAUUUUUUGGCAUAAAAAAAUAAAUAAACCCUGCCUUUCUAAGGCAGAGAGUAAUGAAGUUAUCUUUUUUUUAAGUGUUCUCCUUAGUUCAGGAGGCUGUUUAUAAUAUCAAUUUUGUUAUCAUCUUGUUUUUAGCAUCCAGCUGGGUUUGUUAUCAAUGAUGCUUGCCAGGGUCAGUAUAAGAAGUAUGGAACAAACUGUAAGACUCUUGUCUGUAUGGCUGGCUUCUGGAGUAAGGCU